AAGAUAAGAUAUUAGGUCGUUCACUUUGUAGUUGAGAGUUAUACCAGCAUGAAGUCUGUAAUAACAUUUUUUAUCCUCUGUGCAAUCUCGGUUGGUGCGGAGCUGUCUCCACGACAGACUGACCCCGAUUUUCAAGUGCACGUGCCUGACACCAGCAACCCCUCGUUCAGUCUGGACACGAAAAAUGAUGUUGUGGCUAUCAUCACCAAGUCCGGGUGCUACUUGUACCAUCUGACUGACCAGGAAGUGCUUAGUGCGGGUAACCCUGGCGGCGUGGACGACAUGGAUCACGUUCUGAUCGGAGCGCUGAAGUCGGCGAAACACUUUCCCGUGGUAGCCACUCAUGAGUUUGGUCGUCUCAGCCAUGGCAUCAAGGCAGCAUGUCAUCAGAGUACCACCUUUGACAUCAACGAUAUAAUCAGGUCAUAAUCGUGAACACUGGACUGAUCAUGAGACCCCUGUACAGCUGUUAAUAAACACAAUAUAUUCAUUUUGA